AUGGGUCAGUACACGUUGAACGUAGAGAUCGACGACACCUGGGUCGACUACUUCACCCAACAUGAGUACCACUUCUGCUUUGCCAGAGUCAUCCGAGGCGCCUCGGGCGAACACAUCUCAAACGUCAUCGCCCAUUCCGAUAUCGUCAUGCCUUCCAUCCAAGUGACACUGAAAGACGACUUUGCAAUGGCUGCUUCAUCGCAAGGCUUUUCGAGUGGAACCAAAAUAGCGCUCGCCACACCCCACCGCCGCGUAGACAAGGGGCAAUCCGCCACUCUCCCCUCCUGGGACGCGGGCCUCACGAAAUCCGACUCCGACUCCGCCCCGCGCGAUGGGUUCCUCUUCGACACCACCCCCGCGGCCGCCGCCGUGCUGAUCCAAUCCGUGAACGGCAAGAACCGACCCGUAUACAUCACGCCGCACGGUGUGAUGGGACAAAGCUCGAAGGAGCCGAUAGUGCCGUUGCCGCGAGUGGCGGUGUGGUUUCAGCGGGAUGUGGAAAUUGGGACGAUGAUGGAUGCGUGGAUGCGGAAGGCGUUCUUUGUGCCGAUGGGCACGGAUGGGAGUAUUAGUACGGUGUUGUAUGAUGCGAAGGGAUGCUGGCAUGUGGUUGGGCAGCCGAUUGAUUAUACGCAUGGCAGGUUUGCGAAACAUUUGGCGGGGGUUAUGAGUCCGUUGUCGGAUAAGGCUAGUGGAAUGAGUGGUUCGGGUGACAUGAUGUUUUAG